GGGAACGUGGAGUGCCUACCUGCACCUGUGGCAGCUGUGGCCGCCUGCGGGUUUUUGUUUUUGUUUUCUUUCCUCCUCUGCCCCGGGGUUCUUGUUUCUCACAUCACUUGGCGAAUAACCAGCAGGUAGGCAGAUGUCUUUCCCUUCGCCGAAGACCGAUGCGUAGGAAGGUUCAAUGCAUCAGAUUGAGCAGCCGAGGUUCCGUCUCCCGGCGGCUCCCGGGUGUUGCUAGCGGGGGAAACGGGACGCUCCUGAGAAUGAAAAGCUAAACCGGAGAGCCUGCCGGGGCAUUCACCACCAGGCUCAGUGAUCCUGGCACCCACUGGCGGCGGCGCCCUCCGGCCAGAGCAGACCACGCUGAGAGCCUGGGGCUGGCGCUGUCGAGGCAGCUACCAGAAGUUGGAGGCGCCAGGCGAGACCAGUAGCAGCAAUCGGCUUAGCUGGACUGUGGAGAUUUCCGCUGGCACACCUAGAAAGAAGCCCAACCUCCACAAGACCUCCCGGUGGGACGGCAGCAUCCCGGUUUCCAGGUUGCCCCAAGCACACCUCUGUGCUCUAGGCAGAGAGCGCGGCGCAGAGCCGCGGGAUCUUGGGAAGCCUGAACAGGCCUCGGCUCCCGCCCCGCAACGCGCUUGCGGGAGGCCGGCGAACCGGCGGAGUGGAAUCCGGAGGCCACGGGGAGAGGGCGGCCGCUGCCGCCGAGGCCCUUCCCCACCGGCGGCACUGGGGCCCGCGGCCGGCUGGCAUGGCCGACAGCGGCGACACGGGCAGCUCGGGCCCCUGGUGGAAAUCGCUAGCCAACAGCAGGAAGAAAAGCAAGGAAGCCUCGGUUGGAGCGCAACCUCCCGCCCAGCCUGCCCUGGGGGAGCCCGCGCCGCCUGCGCCGUCCAGCCCGGACUGGACUAGCAACCCCCAGGAGAAUCAACACCCCAAUCUCCUCGGGGGCGCCGGGGAUCCCCACAAGCCAGACAAGCUGUGCGGGGAGAAAUCCGGCAACAGCCGCCGCAAUUUGAAGAUCUCGCGCUCCGGCCGUUUUAAGGAAAAGAGGAAAGUGCGAGCCACUCUUCUCCCUGAGGGAGCCAGGUCCCCAGAGGAGGAGGCGGGCUUCCCCGGUGACCCCCACGAUGACAAGCAGUAGCUGAAGCCCUCGAGGACUCCUCUCUUCCCACCACUGCCCUCCAUUCCCCGUCUAAACCCGAGAAUCCUGGCCUGCCCCUGUACUUGGUGUCUCAUCCCACCAAAUUCAGAAUAUUCACACAAGCCCUCCACUAUUUUAUAUUCCUGGAAACUCACAUGUCAAUUGAGUUUUCAAUAGUUCAUAACUCAAGGAUGCAUUAAAUAGCUGUGAUCAGAGAAGAUACCUUCCGCAGAGGAAGUUGGCAUAAUUUUUUUUUUCAAAAAGUCAUUCUGUGGCCUCAACCCCUUGUGUCACCUGUGGGAUGACACAAGUGUCCUUUUCUAAGAGAUGAUGGCUUAAGUGGACCUGCACAGUUCCUUAAAUGAGGAAUCCCUGCUCUGAUUCUGGGCUCACUAUUGGAAAGCAAAUCACAGUGCUGUUUUAAAUGCCCAAGAAAUGCACUUUAGAAGUACUUCUGUAGACUUACACCUUAAGUGAGUAGACAGGAGAAACAGGAAGCAUUCUUAAGUAGAAGCAUUUUAAGUAAGGCAAAAUUGCUUUCAAUGUUGAACUACAGAACUGUGCUGUCUAUUUUAGUGUGGAUUAUUAAAAUUGCUUGUACUGUAAGACUGAAGGUGACUUUUGUAUUUUUUCCAUUGCAAGACUGAAGCCCAUCCUAUUUUAAAAGCAGGCAUGCAAAAUCCAAGGUGACGAAGUUAAUCAUUUGCCACACAAUGUAACAGCUACUCUUGGAAAGCUUCAGGAGAAGACCGUUUCUAGAAACUAGCAACACCCAAACUGUAACCAGUUACCCGGAUAUCCCUAUUUAGUAAACAAAUUUGAAGAAGAGAGGGGAGGUACUAAUUCUUUAUUCCUAAAUUCUCUUUUACUUCAGUGCACCUUCAUACAGGUAGAGUAAGUCACAGUGCUAGUAAUUUUCAGUAUCCAUUGUUAACCUUAUUGACUAACAACUGUCUGAGAAUACUCAGACAGAUAGACUAUGAACUCUUAGUUUGUGCAAAGCCACUUUUUUUCCCAC